AGCUCUUCCCCUGUUUUCCUCUCCAACCUCUUCCUCCUGUCCCUUCCCGGGGACCUACUACGACGGAGUUUCAGGAGAAGGUGUUGCCAUGCUUUCUAUGCUGAACUCCCUUUUCACUCGAAUAGGGAGCUUUGAUUCCCCUGAAGAUGCUUCUGUAAAUUCCAUGACACUAUUUGUUGUUCUCGUGCUUUCCUGUGUUGUGAUUGGACAUCUUCUGGAAGAGAGCCGGUGGAUGACUGAGUCAGUCAUCGCAUUACUCAUUGGCCUUUUAAGUGGAACUAUCAUUCUACUAACAACUAAGGGGAAAAGUUCACGCAUUUUAGUGUUUAGCGAAGAACUUUUUUUCAUAUAUCUUCUUCCACCUAUCAUAUUUAAUGCAGGAUUUCAGGUGAAAAAGAAGCAAUUUUUCAAGAACUUCAUGGCAAUAAUAUUGUAUGGUGUUAUUGGGAGUAUGAUGUCAUUUGUCAUCAUAUCGCUAGGUUCAAUUCAAUUGCUGAAAGGAUUAGACAUUGGUAUAUUGGAUCUGGGAGAUUAUUUUGCACUUGGGGCAGUAUUUUCAGCUACGGAUUCUGUCUGCACAUUGCAGGUUCUUAAUCAGGAAGAGACACCUCUUCUGUACAGUUUAGUUUUUGGCGAAGGUGUUGUCAAUGAUGCAACAUCAGUGGUUCUUUUUAACGCAAUCCAGAGAUUUGACCUCUCUCAUAUCACCUCGGUCAAUAUCUUGCAGUUUUUUGGCAAUUUCUUAUAUUUGUUCCUGUUCAGCACUUUUUUGGGAGUAGGGGUUGGCUUGAUCAGUGCAUAUAUUAUAAAGAAGUUGUGUUUUGCCAGGCAUUCUACAGAUCGAGAAAUUGCUCUUAUGCUUCUGAUGGCUUAUUUAUCUUAUAUGUUGGCUGAACUUGUUAAUUUAAGUGGGAUCCUUACCGUGUUCUUUUGUGGGAUUGCCAUGUCACACUACACUUGGCAUAAUGUUUCUGAUUGUUCUAAAGUUACAAGCAGGCAUGCUUUUGCAACUUUCUCAUUUGUCUCUGAGAUUUUUAUCUUCUUAUAUGUCGGCAUGGAUGCCUUGGACAUUGAAAAAUGGAAAUUUGCCAGCAAGAGUCCUUGGACAUUAGUUGGAGCAAGUGGAAUGCUGCUAGGCUUGGUUCUCCUUGGAAGAGCAGCUUUUGUGUUUCCCCUGUCAAGCAUAGCCAAUUUAUUUAGGAAGUCUAACACCGAGAAAAUUACAUUCAAGCAGCAGGUUGUGAUAUGGUGGGCUGGGCUCAUGCGUGGUGCUGUAUCUGUGGCACUUGCAUACAAUAAGUUUACUAGAUCAGGACAUACUCAACUGCCCGGAAAUGCCAUCAUGAUUACCAGCACCAUCAUAGUUGUUCUCUUAACUAAUGUGGUAGGAGGAUUAUUGACCAAGCCUCUGAUGAGGCUAUUAUUGAAUCCCCCUAGGCAUUCGGGUAUCUCAACGGAUUCAGAUUCAUUACCCAGUAAGCGUUUGACUCUACCAUUACUCUCCAGCGGGCAUGAUUCCGAAUCUAACGUUGACAUCGGGAAUGUGGUAGUAUGUAUUUGUCAUCCCCCAGAAGAAGCAGAAGAAAGAUGUAACGGAAGUAGCUCCUCUCCAACAAGUGGAGACUCCACUACGACUGAAGACUGUUGGGAUUAAUUUGAUUGAUUUUUAAAAUUUGAUCUGAGUGAAGGAGCGAUGAAGAUAAGUUCAGCGGCAAAAAUUAACUUCGGAUUUAACACGUUAGGCUGACCAAAGAAGAGGAUAAGUACCCUUUUUAUUAACCUUUUAUGCCCGUAAGAGAGAAUUCUUAAGGGGAGCACGGAAGGCUUUUUGUCCCCGUCAUCCUUAACGAAGUUACCAUAAAGAAAUGGCAUUGAAGGGAUGUCAAGGGACUAGCGGCCCUGCAUUUUGAUGCUUGUGACUCCCUCUCUUCAUUGAGUGUUUGAUACCGUCAUUGAUUAAUCUAGGAUUCAAACAUUUUUUGGUUUAUAUGAGUUUUAUUUUUUUGGUUAAAAA